AUGGAAGCCGUGGUCGAGGAAGCCGAGCUCUUGUACCGCCGCCAGCAGGGCCGCCCGACGUACGUCACGACCGAGCACCGCGGGCAGCCCGACCGCUUUCCUCCGUUCCAGCUGCAUGUUCCGCAGUCCUUCCUUCCAUGGAACCCGCAGCGGCGGGACGUCGUCGCGUUCCCGAGCGGCAAUUCCGUGCUCUCGACCUGCCGCUGUGGCGUCGUCAUGGGCGGCGUCUACUACACGCGACCUGCUGUGCAUGAAGCCGACCAAACGGACGGCGCCAGCCAGCGAUACAUGGUCGCGGUCAAGAUGAUGGAUCGACACCAACUGCUGCUCCAGCGGGACGACGUCGAGAACGAAAUCCGCGUCAUGCGCGAGCUGCAGCCCGGUGGCUUUACGGGCGUGCUGCACAACCCGCAUUUGCUGCAGUGGGAGUGCUCGAACGACGAAGCGAACGAGUACAUUGCGACCGACUAUGUCUCGAACGGCAGCCUCCUCUCGUACACGCGCGAGCUCAAGGAUCGCAUGGUGGCCGAGGUGUGGGUCCAAGAAGCGCUUCGCCUCUUCCUCGGCAUCGUCCGAGGGCUCACGUACAUCCAUGCGCACGACGUCGCGCACUUGGACUUGGACCCGUGCAACGUCGUGAUCGACAGCACGCUCACGCCUCGCAUCCUCGACUUUGGCAGCGCCAUCUGCCUCCUCAACGACAACGCCAACGGUCGUGCCGGCGGUGGCACCAUGCUCAUCAAAUGCAAACCUUUGUAUGCCCCGCCUGAGGUUCGCCGCCACAACCAAUCCCCACCACCACGCGAGCCCUUUGACGGCGCGGCCGCCGACAUGUGGUCUGCCGGCACGCUCCUCUAUCAACUGCUCUGCUUCGGGUACCCUAUGGGCGAGUACGCGUUGCUCAUGGACGCCAACUGGCGGCACAACCUGCUCUGCCACGCGUACGACCGCGAGUGUCUCCGGACCGAGUGCUACAUUUGCGUGCGCGAGGUGCAAUUCCCGCCCAUCGUGUACGACAUCUUCCGCAGCCUCCUCAACGCCGAGCAGCCCGAGCUCCGCAUGUCGGCGCUCGCAGUCGCCAACGCCCUCACGCGCGCGCUCGCGUCAAACUAA